AUGGCCGGGAUAAGACGGGUUCCAGAAGAUGUACUCGAAUAUUAUCUUUAUCCAUUAAUUUGUGAAGACUUAAAUGAUGAAGAAUUAUUUGAAUAUCUUGAAGAACAGAAGGAUAUUUAUCUUGCCCACCUGAGCCACUUAUUAGUCGAUUACAUCUGGCAGAACGAAGCAUUUAAUUUAAGGCCUAUUCCGGGAAAUGUUUCUGUGCCUCCACAUCUCUAUGGAUCAUUCAACUUUGGAGACAAUGUGGAAGAUGAAUGGUUUGUUGUUUACCUCCUGUGCCAACUCACUAAAACAUUCUCUGGCCUUCUUGUUCGGGUUCAUGAUAGUGACCAGGAAUUUUUGCUGAUAGAAUCUGCUGAGGUGUUACCAAAAUGGCUGAAUCCAGAUACAGCUGAGAAUCGAGUUUUCCUUUACAAUGGAGAUCUUCAUAUUAUUCCUAUUCCUGAAUCUCCACAAGAUGUUGAUGGUUUACCCCUUUUUACACCAACUCUGCCUGAGGCAAUAAACUUUACCCUGCAAAAAGCAGAGGAUGAUCUUCAUUUUGCUCACUGCUUCCUUCCUGCUGGUUUGGCAGCUAUUUUAGAACAACGACCAUCACUUGUUGCUGCCGGCGUAAAUGCUUUUUAUUACAGAAGUCCUGAUGAUCUCAAGGCAUGUCGUACAUUUAAAUAUUUUCGCCCAGGAACCAGAGUAAUGUCCAGGGUGAAAUUCACAAAGUGUCUUUAUGCUCAACUGGUUCAACAAAAGUUUCAGCCACAUCGUGAAAGUGGUUGGAUUCUUCCUAAUUCCUCAAAUUCCAAAUUCAAAGCACAUGACUUAGGAAUGAAGUUGGCACAUGGUUUUGAAAUUAUCUGUUCUAAAUCCUCACAAAAGUCUAAUCAAAACAAUGGUACUUUGGACAAUUUUGAAGUGCACAAUAUCAGAUGGGAACGUUUUCUCUCCAGUCUUUCUAACAACGGAUAUUUCAAGGGUGAAUUGCAGUCUUCCAAACACCAUACAGAACUCUUGAAAAAAGCGCAGCAGUAUUUUAAGGAGAAUAUUCAGAGUUCCCAAAGACAUGAAGAUGAAGAUACUGGAAAUUUAAUUCUCACUUUAUUGGAAAAUACACCAUACAGCAUAGAAGAGAUGAGGCUGAAAGAGAUCAACCUCCCUCCACCAGAUGAUGAUUCUUGGCUGGAUAUUAGUCCUGAUGAAGUUGAUGAUAUGAUUAGAAGUUCAGGAGGAAAAAUUUCUGGAACUUCUCCAAAUCCAUUUGAUCUGAGCCAAAUGACAGAGAGCAUGAAGUCAUUUGUAGAUAAUAUUUCGGAUUAUGAAGGAGCAGAAUUUCCAAAGUAA